CGCGUGGGAGUAGUUUGGAGAUGUUUGAGCGGUGUGACAGAUUGGGAAACUGAGGCUGGGGUGAAGAACAGCCCCUCGCGACCAGCGGGGCCUUCACCGGUCCCCAGUGCGUGGAGUUUGUGCCUACCUGCGGAAGUUGGGGAAAUUGAGUCUGAGAGAGGAGGCGGAUUCGUCCGCAACGGUGGUUCCCCGGGGGUGAAAAAAAUCAGUAUGAUGCCCUGUAUUUGUUAUAAAGGCGACACACGGGCAGUGAAAGUAAUUUAUAGUGAAAGACUAUGCACCUCACUUUGUAAAGGCUGGAACUGGAUUACACCAGGUGAUGUUUGUGCCUAACGUAAAAUGAAGUGUUCCAAGGAGCAGCCAUGUCCACGCUGUACCCAUCUCUGGAGGACCUAAAGAUGGACCAAGCCAUUCAGGCCCAGGCCAGAGCUGCGCCCAGGAUGCCCGUCCUGCCAGUCUCCCAGCCUUCAGUUUUGUACCCAAGCCUGGCGGAAUUGGAAAAUUAUAUGGGUCUUUCCCUCUCCAGCCAAGAAGUCCAGCAGAACCUGCUUCAGAUUCCAGAAGGUGCUAGUAUGGUGGGCUCUGGCCCCUUGCUGGGCCAACUGGUGGCACCGGUGUCUGGGAACAGCCAGGGUGCGCGGCGUGCAGAGAUCAAGCCUGGAAUGCGCGAGAUCCACCUGUGCAAGGACGAGCGUGGCAAGACGGGCCUGCGGCUAAGGGCCAUCGACCAGGGGCUCUUUGUGCAGCUGGUGAAGGCCAACAGCCCUGCGUCUCUCGUGGGGCUGCGCUUUGGAGAUCAGAUCCUGCAGAUUGACGGGUGUGACUGUGCCGGCUGGAGCACAGACAGAGCCCACCGGGUGUUGAAGAGGGCAUCGGCCGAGAAGAUCGUCAUGGUCGUUCGGGACAGGCCGUUCCAGCGGACCGUCACCAUGCACAAGGACAGCACGGGCCACGUUGGCUUUGUCAUCAAGAAGGGAAAGGUCGUCUCUGUGGUCAGAGGGAGCUCCGCAGCCCGCAACGGGCUCCUCACCAACCACUCCGUGUGCGAGGUGAACGGGCAGAACGUCAUCGGGCUGAAGGACAAAGAGGUCACAGAGAUUCUGGCCACGGCCGGGAGCGUUGUCACCUUGACCAUCAUCCCCACCGUGAUCUACGAGCACAUGGUCAAAAAGUUGUCCCCGACCCUGCUCCACCACACCAUGGACCACUCGAUCCCAGAUGCCUGACGCCAGGGGAGGGCAGCACAGCCCUCCCACCCUCCUGCAGGGGAGAGCAGCGUCCUGCGUCCUCCGGGUUCCAGGGGCCUGCUGCCGAGGGCGGGGGCGUCUGGAGGGGGCGUGUUCCAUGCAGGGUCACGUGGGGCGGCCACCGAUACCGGGCCUCGGGCCUCCGCUGAGCCUCCGACUCUGAGCUGGACUGAGGCCCACAGGCGGGGAUCCUCUGUGCGGGUUUAGAUGCCGGACACGUAGGCAGGUCGGCGCAACACUUCUUAAAGUUGCAGCUGGGGCCCUUGCAAGAUUUUUGCCUCCACCAGAGACACAGUUCCACGUUUUGAGAGAACAGAACUACAUUCUUUGAGAGGAUUUUUUCUUUUUCCUGUACUUGCCGUGUGUCACAAACUGGCCAGAGUCCUAAUCCUACACUUCUUUUGAAUAAAGAUUUGAUUUUAAACAGAA